UGUGUUUCAGAACGCAGCAUAGGGAUAAUGUUGGUAGCGUGCUCCCCGAACGCUUUCUCCCGUAGAGAAAAUUUUCCAAACUGACAGCACUGCACGGAAUCCUUUGUGCGCAUGUGUCGAAACUUUUGAUUGGCUGAGAUGUCAGUUAUACUUGUGCACAAGCUCCCGCUUAAGAAGAAAACCGACAAAAGUGUAUCACUGCUUGCAGACUGUUAGGACGUUACAAUAUGAACUCGACACGGAACGAUCGACGAAAGACACAAACGUUAAAACCGAAGAGAGUGUCGACUGGCGAAACUUCUCACAUUCCCAGGCUUCGUGUCCGGAGCUCUUCGAGCGAUCGAGCGAGCGGCAGGAUAUCAUAUUUAAAAGUUCCAGGUAAAACUCCGCUGCAUCAACCAACAACUCCAGUUGCACUUCUUGCGACUCCUGUGAGAGUUUCUAUCAAGUCUAAUGUGCCCAAUACAGUAGCCUCAUGUUCAGGCAGAGUUCGUGGAUUAUCGACUGGUCGAUCGCCAUCCGGCGAGCGUGCUAAUAAUGUGGGUCCCAAGGACACAAGACCCUUGGCAGACAAGUCCUAUCAAGCAAUGUUGCUUACCAAAAUAGACGAUUUUUUCCGUCUCGAUCAGCGCUCAAACAUGCUGAACAGUAAUGGUAGCUUGAAGCCAAUCACAUUGAAGAUGUUUGUGGAAGUUUCUAAUUAUCUUCUAAAAUUUUUCGAGAUCAAGCAAGAGUUCACAGCCUCGAACUACGUCGAGGAAUUACCACGAACUGCAAAGAAGCUGCGUUAUCCUGGUGUGAUGACUAAGUCGUGGCUGAAGACUGCCAAUGCGAUGCACUCAUGGCCCUCUGUCCUUGGCUGGAUCGGCUGGUUGGUAGAAAUACGCCAGGUGCAAAAACUCGCCUUGGACAGAUUCCAGAUGGAGACUCUGCCCUUUGUGGGAACAAAACAGCAAGCGCAGAACAGCAGAACAGAGUUUCUGGCGUUGUUGGAGUGCUACAAAGCAUGGAACGACGAGAAACUCGACGAGGAAAAAGAAUUACUGGAGAAAUAUCUACGGGAUAUCGAGACUCAAUGGGGCAUCAGCGAAGAAGAUGUCACUCUAGCACAUAAAGAAUUGGAAGAAGAGACUCGGAAGUUACAGAUGAUGGAGGAAGAGUCGAGGAAAGUCGAUGAAGAAGUUGAACGUUUGCAGACGAUACUGUCCACUUCAGAGGCCAAGGAAUCGAAAUUGUUGAACGACAUUAGGAUAAAGGAAGAAUAUAUAAAGAAAAUGACUACCGAGACGGAUCAAAUGAUGGUGGAGCAUGAAACUUUAAACGAACAGAUCCGCCAGGCGAAUAAACAGCACAAAGAAUUGGUCUCCAUUGUAAAGGAUCAACCCAUGUCUAAGGUCGAGAAAGAAAAGAUUAUGAAGCAGUGCACAGAGAUACAGAAUUAUAUACAUGGGUUUGACGAGCAUCUCAAUGAGUAUCAAAAAGAGUUGUACACUUUGGAUAUCAAAUUGGCGUCAAUUAAUAACAAUCUCAAUAAAAUGGUGUUGACGUACAACAAGGAGAUCUUUAUGUAUAUCGAUAGCGAUAUCAAUGUGAACUUCAAUGAAUUGAAAUUGCCAGAGAAAGGACUAUUGGAUCCACAUGUAAUGGAGGUGUUGGAAGAGAAGAUCGUUUUGAUGAAAACUUUGAAAGAAUCGUUGAAGAAACAAUGCAACGACGUGAUCUUGCUGAUUCACUCAGACACUAUAAAACUGGAAAAUUUACAAGAGAAGAUCAAAUCUGUGCCGAACGACGAGAAGUUACACGAGGAGAAAUCUCACAUCGACAAGAUAAAGAUGAACGUGAAAAACGAGAAAAUCAAAUUAAUGGAGCAAAUAGAGACGCGGAAGAACGAGAUCAAGGAAAUUCAAGAUGUGAUGCCGGAUGUAGAAGCGGUACAACUCGAGAUAGAGGAAGCAAAGGACAAAUUGGAGGCAGUUGUUCGAAGGAUGAGGUUCUUGGAACAAUCCGGUAAACAAUUCUUCGAUGAAUUAUACCAGAUAGUCGGUGAACAUAGAAACAAGCUUUAUAAUCUGUUGACAAAAAACAGCGUAUAGUAUUGCAUUUCCAAUGUAAUAAUGUAAUAAUGUAAUAAUAAAUAAUAGUAGUAAUAAAUAAUAGUCCAUAAAAUAAAAGCACAUUAUUUAGCUUAUUUUUUUCUUUAUCGUUUCAUUGUCUUAUCUAUUAUCUACCUUUUAUUAUCUACCUUACUAUUUUAUUGUGUAUUCGUUUAUUAGUCCUUCUAUUUGUGGUUUCUACAAUUAGCUGAGGAUUGUAAGGUUGUAAGGAAGAGACAGAAAGAAAGAAAUAGAAGAAAAUUUUUUGUUCUUUACGUUCAAAAAAUUUUGCCAAAGUUAAGGAUUUUAGUUACUUUAUGAAGAUAUUAUCUCUGUAAAGAUUUAUCUACAAUGGCAGUGGAAGUAUGGCUAAAAAAAUAAAAGCAAGAAAUUGAUCAAUCACAGUCGAAUUACGAUAUGAAUCGUUAUCGCGACUAUACGCAUAUUAACCAGUUAGCUGUGUAUAACGAGUAUACUCAUCAUGCAACACAAUUUAGGUACACACUUUUAAAAGAGGGCAACACAGCUAACUGGUUAAUAUAUAAUUGUAAUGUAUUUUUGUUAUAAUUUACGAAACAACUGUUAUUUGUUUGUAAAAUUUACGAAACAACUAUAAAAUUUAACAAUUUACGUAAAUUUGUAAAAUUAUAUUUUAAAUAAAGCCUUUUGUAAGUA